AUCCUGUCAUGUGAUUUCCUUUGAGCUGUCAAAUUCGGUCAGAGUGUGUGUAUGCGUGGACAGACUAUACGUACAUCUGCUCCACCUGCCAGAGAGGGAGCCGCACCAACAGGGCUCUUUGAGGAAUAACACCAACUCCAGCUCACACUUCAGUGUGUGUAGCUUGUGACCUGCAUGCCGGUGGUGUUUUGAUGCAGAUUCCGGAAGUAACUGUCUUUUUUUUUGAGAACUUUAAGUUGCAGCGUUGGUAGACUUGUGUUUUACAUGAAGUGAGAAGACUGGUGUUUGUUAUAAAGAGGAAGUACAGGGAGCAAAAAUGGAGGACCGCGAUACUGUCACCCUCAUGAGACUCAUGUCAGUCGACAGCAUCCAUUCCUCCCUGUCGUCAGACUCUUGUGAGUAUUAUCAGACAGAGAUAUUCGAUCAGCUGCCCAGCAUCCAGGCCAGCCGGCACGAGCAGAACAGGCAGGGUGUUUUGGAAGCCAGCGAGGCCAACCAGGGUGGCCCAGAGCCGGGGGAGAACAUCAGCCAUGGCCACCUGUCCAGAGGCCCUAAAGACAAGGCGUCUACACGGCCACUCAGGAACCUUGUUAUGUGUAUUCAGGGGAAGAGAGAUGCCAGGGACAGGAGGAAGAUGCAAAUCAGUAACAUUGGAUUUUGGGAUUCGUGGAGGCGGAGCCAGAGCAUCAAUAGGAAGAGGGUUAUGGCACAGAUGGGAGGGGCUCUAAAAGGCCUUUUACCAUGGCAGCAGACUCUGCGCACCAUCAACGGCAGGUUUGGAGUUGGCGUGAAGGCUUACUUUGUUUUCCUCAGAUAUCUGGUUUUCUUGAACCUUCUCCACUGUGCUCUUAUCUCUGGCUUCAUUCUGGGGCCGACAGCAUUUUACGGCAGCAGUGCACACUUGAAGUAUGGAGGCAAUGACUCUGUUUUGGAUUUCUUCCUGGGAUCGGGCUACUUGGAUCGUUCUCCAGUCUUCUUUGGUUUCUAUACUCCUGGUUCUCUGAAUCUGCCAUGCUUGAAUACACCUCUGCUGUACCUGGCUGGAAUCCUCAGCAUCCUCUUCCUCAGUCUCAUCAUGGUGGUCCGCAGGACGGUGGUUGGCUACAAGCACACCUGGAUCCUCGGGAAGCGAUACAGUGUGAAUGUCAGCUACAAGAUCUUUUGUGGUUGGGACUUCUCCAUCCAGGACCGUGCUUCUGCUACUCUCAAACGCAGCUUCAUCAGAAAUGAUCUCAAGCUGUUCCUGGAGGAGCAGAGUUUCUCCCUGCGCGAGGCUCAGAGGACACUGCAACAGAAGGCGCGUCUCUACCUUCUCAGGUUCAUCCUCAACCUGCUCGUUCUCUCUCUGCUGGGUGGAGCCUUCUACCUUAUCUACUUCGCCACGACAACAUCACAGACCAAGAGUACCUCAGAGCACCACUGGAUGGUCAGUCUGGUCCUCCAGUACCUUCCUCCCAUCACCAUCACCUUCGUCAACCUGUUCCUCCCCCACAUGUUCCGCAAGAUCUCAUCUUUUGAAGACUACUCUUUCACCACACAGGUCAAUGCUACCCUUGUGAGGAGCAUCUUCUUGAAGCUCGCGUCACUGGGGAUCUACUUAUUUUUUGUCUUCGAUCAAACAAAAAAUCAUUCGUGCCGGGAGAACAAGUUUGGCAGAGAGAUGUACAAGCUGUGUAACUUCAACUUCCUGGCCACUCUCUGCAAUGCCUUUCUCUUGAGCUAUCCCAGGAAGUUACUGCAGGAGAAGUACCCCUCAUCCUUGCUGGCCCGGCUGUUGGGGAAACAGCAUUUCCUGAUCCCGUUCAACGUCCUGGAUCUGGUGUAUAGUCAGACUGUGUCCUGGGUGGGCGUCUACUACUGCCCUCUGCUCCCGCUGAUAGGAACUGUCACACUCAUCGCCACGUAUUACAUCAAAAAGUUCACGGUCCUGCGGUGCUGUGUGGCAGAGCAGAGGAUGUUUCGAGGCUCCAGCUCCUCCGUUUUAUUCCACUUCAUGCUGCUGCUCGGUCUCCUCAUGGCCGCAGUCACACUGGGCUUCAAUUUCUGGAUACCGAACACAAAUGGGUCCUCCUGUGGUCCAUUUAGAAAUGGAGGAAGUUUGUUUAACGUGACAGGAGAGUGUGUGGCCAGGCUCCCAAGCUCGGCACAGACCGCCCUCCGCUACCUGUCCUCCGAGGCCUUCGCCCUGCCGCUCAUUCUAGCUGAAGUUAUAAUCUUAACCUCAUAUGUGUCACGUGGGCGAGCCAAUCAGAAGGCCAUUGAGAGACUGAAAGACAUGCUGGUUCUGAGUAGCUCAGAUAAGCGAUUUCUGGUGAAACAGCAUGCCACCAUGCUCAGACGUCAGAAAAACACCGGCAAGGUCCGUGCUGCAGCUACCACAGAGGACACCCCACGCAACCACUUGACGGUCCCCCCCUCCACGCAUACAAACUGAUUAAAGUCCCCGAGCUGUCGGGCCUGUUCUAGUGAUGCAGUUGGGACCUUUUCUAGGAAGGUCCUCAAGGGGCACUAUGUUGUUUUUGGACAAUAUGUAAUAUAUUUACAAUGUAAUGAGGUAGUUAUACAACUCAGCCUUUUUUUUCCAUAAGUGAAUAAACAAGCUGUUCUCAGAGGAAAAUAAGGCCCCACAACACUGUUUGAAGGUAAAUGGUGCCAGGGUCGGCCACAUAUAAACAAAGUAAAACAGUAUGAAACUGUGUUGUCCUUUAAGAUCAGUUUGCUUAUACAGUCAUGAAAAAAAUCGGUCAGUGAAGAAGCUUUCUCUUCUGAUUAAAACCCCCAAACUUUUACUUAACAUUUAUGUAAUACAUUCUCUUACUUCUGCAGUUUUUCAUUGGAUUGAUUGUGAUACAUUUUGAUCUUCUUGUGAGUUUUUUAAGCUUAAUUUGCAGCCAGUGUUUCAAGUUUUUUUUGUUUUUUUUCUUUUUUAUGUUGUAUUAGUAACUGAGUAAUUUAUGCAUUUGAAUGUAUUUCAAGUCAUCAUUUCUGGGAUGGUCAUAACAUUUUGUCGAGCUCCAAAAUUUCACUUUACCUGUACUCAAUUAACUUUGAAUGUUUAUUAAAAAAAAACAUCUUGCUCAUUAAA